AUGAUCUUCAAGGGGGGCCUCGAGGUCCGAGCGCAGGCGGCUUGCCGUGUCGUCACGGAGGCGCGCAGGAAGCACCCGCGAGAGCAGGCAUCUCCACUGCCCACGCGAGCGCUGACGUGGAGCCUGACGCCCUGGAGCUGUAGGUCUGUCCUCCUGCCUGCGCGCCGGUUGGACAGCAGCAUGGGCGUGCACUGGCACGGCCCCUGCACGCUUUGGCACGCUGGCCCAUCCGCUUUUCGGUCGGUGCCCCCGUCUAGCUCCAUCGCUGGUACGGCCAACUCUGCCUCGCCGCCGACGGGAAGCGUGCGUGCCUUGCAGCUGGUCGCCCGCUCGGGCCUCGCGGCCGUGCGCGCCGCGACGCGGCGGAGUCGGGCUGUGGUGUCCGUAGGGGCCACCGCAUCCACAGGAACGACCCAGGCGAAUGUGGCGGCCAAGAUCGUGGCCGAGGUCCGCGGUACCUUCGAGGAACAGGUCAGGUAUCCGAUACAGGAUGGCACGGCCUUCGUCUGGCCCGCACCGUCGCUCUCGAAGUGUUGCCCUUCAGACCGCAAGCAAAGGCGCUCGCCUCGCUACACGGGCGCGGCAGACCCGAAAGCGAAGGCCAAGGCCAAGGCUGACCCGAAGGCUGACCCGAAGGCGAAGGCAAAGGCAAAGGCAGACCCGAAGUCUGGCAAGGUCGAGCUGGACCAGGAGCCCCCCGGCCCGGUGCCCGCCGGCACCCCCGAGCACCACUUCCGGUUCCUGCAGGCGGAAUUCCUGCUCUGCGUGUGCCGCUACGGCCACGUCUCCUCACAUCCGGUCGACGUCGGCAGCAAGCAGCAGAAGGAGUGGCUGGAGAGGGUCGAUGACAUCUUGAGUGACCUGUGGAGGGACGUGACUGGCAACGAAGAUGAUGCUGAUGCCUGGGCUCUCCAGGUUUCCAGUGCGCAGGCUGAACCGGCGCAGCCUCCAGCCAUGGCAACGCCCAUCAACAUCCUCAACGAGGAGACGGCCGAGCUGUGCGUGGAGGUGCGGCUGCUGCGCGCAGACGGCUGGGAACUGCGCGGCGACACAGCGCGCGCCGUGCGGGAGGUGCUCUACGCCAUGCACUUUCUGCAGCUGCUGGCGAGGCCCCCGGAGGCUGGCCACGCCGGCGCCCGGUACCGCGUCCACCCUGGCGCUCAGCUGUGGGGCAGGCUGCGCCGCCGCAUGGUGCACCUGCUGGUCGCGCAGGGCCGCCACGGCGCUGCGCUGUCGCACAUCGAGCAGGGGCUGAAGGAGUGCCAGGCUGCCCACGACGAGAUGACUCGUGUGGACCUCCUGGCAACCAGGGCGCGGCUGGACAUCUUGGCUGGCAGGUUCCUGGAGCUGCGCGGCGACGGCCGUUUCGGCGCGGUGCCCACGCUGCAGGGAUGCCUGGAGAUCGCCCGCAAGGCGCUGCCCCUCGCGACGCCCAGCUCCGUGCGCGCCAGGAUGAUGCUCUGCUCACUGCUGGAGCAGAACCCCACCCUGGCGGACAUGGGCGAGUCCGACGGGUUGCCAGCCAGCCACAAGGGGGACCUGGAGCCGCUGGACGCCCGGAAGCGCGAGGCGGAGCCGGAGGACCCGCACGAGGAGAUGAACCUGCAGGCUCAGGGCAAGAUUAUCAUCUCCCCCAUCGCGAAAGAGCUGCGCACGCGCACCGGGAAGCCGCCACCCGACACACUGGCGCAGGCCGCGGUGGGGCGCCAGCGACACCUCGCCGCGCUGAUGCGGUCGUGCCUGGACGAGCUGGACGCCCUCCUCGCGGUCGAGGAGUGCGACCUGAACCCGCCCAACCUGAACGGCAUGCAGCAGAUCGGCGAGCCUGGCUCCAGGGAGCGGCCUCCGCUGAAGACGCUGCCGCCCAGGGACUCCUCGUGCCUGCGGGAACAGGCCACCAGCGACUCGCGCGAGCCGCCCAACAUGUACUCCGACCUGAUGCCCCUGCGCCUGCACUGCGGGCUCCGGCUGGCCUCGCUGCAGCUCCGCCUGGGGGAGCUGGACGCCGCCGGCGAGCUGCUCCGCGAGGCGGAGGUGCGGCUGACCAGGUGCGCGAACCUGCUGCCCUGGCUCUUCGUGCAGUUCUGCGUCCUGAAGCUGCAGGAGCCUCCGGCACGCGGUUUUGGCAAGGGCAAGCCUGACGGCAAGGGAAAGAAGGGGAAGAAGGGAAAGAAGGGCGGCAAGAAGGGCGCCGAGGAGAAGGAGUGGGUGCCCUGCACUAAGAUCGGGCGCCUCGUGAAGGAAGGGAAGAUCACGUCAAUCGAGGACAUUUACUUGCACUCUCUGCCCAUCAAGGAGUAUCAGAUCAUCGACCAGUUCUUCGCCCCAGGCACCCUCAAGGACGAGGUCAUGAAGAUCCAUCCUGUCCAGAAGAUGUCCUCUGCCGGCCAGACCAACCGAUUCGUCUGCUACGUGCUCGUCGGCGACAACAACGGCCACAUCGGGCUUGGCUCCAAGUGCUCCAAGGAGGUCGCCACGGCCAUUCGCGGCGGCAUCAUCGCCGCGAAGCUGAGCCUCAUCCCAGUGCGCCGCGGCUACUGGGGCAAUAAGAUCGGCCUGCCGCACACGGUGCCGAUGAAGGUUGCGGGGAAGUGCGGCUCCGUGAGGGUCCGGCUGGUCCCUGCGCCGCGCGGGUCCAGCGUCGUCGGAUCCCCCGUGAUGAAGAAGAUGCUGGCCUUCUGUGGCAUCCAGGACUGCUUCACCUGCUCCUGCGGGCACACGAGGACCAAGGGAAACUUCAUCAAGGCGACCUUCGACGCCCUGCGCGCGACCUUCGGCUACCUGACGCCCGACCUGUGGAAGCCCACGCACUUCAUCAAGUCUCCCUUCCAGGAGUGGUCCGACUACCUGGCGCAGUCCAAGGCGGUCGCGUACUGA